GGCCAACUAGGGGAGGUAACUUAAAAUAACUUCCACCAUAUUGAAUACAAAACAAAUGCGCGAAAGAGCUUAGGUUGCUUCCUCUUAGCAGAGAAUUUGCAUCCUUCAUAGUAAAAGGAAGCGAAAACUAGAAUACAAUUCCAUAUGAUAUUGACAUGAUAGGAGUGCAAGAUUUCGUUAGAGAAACAUGGGAGGAUUUCAAGUCACCAACCACAUCCACAUUCGCCAGCAAAAUGCUUCAGUGCCGUCAAACGGUGUCUAUUUUGGAAGAAACUCUAGAUUUAGACCGAAGCAGCCUGACUAAAAUGAAGAAGUCUGUCAAGGCUCUCUACAACACAGGCAACACCCAUGUCGCCAAUGAUGCCAUAGUGGCUGAGAAUCUAGAGAGACUUGGAAAUAUUGCCAAGGCCAGAGAUCAAGAACAGGAGAUUGGUGAGGCAUUUAUGAAGUUCUCCCAUGUGACCAAAGACUUGUCUUCCAUGAUGAAAAAUAUGAUGGAUGGGCUCAACAACAUGGUUCUCUUCCCUCUGGACUCCUUCAUGAAAGGAGAGUUCAAAGGUGCUAAAGGAGAUCUCAAGAAACCAUUUGAUAAAGCCUGGAAGGAUUAUGAGACAAAGUUCGCCAAAACAGAGAAAGAAAAGAAGAAACAAGCUGAAAAUGCUGGCAUGGUGAGGGGAGAAAUUUCUGGUGCAGAGCUUGCUGAAGAAAUGGAGAAAGAAAGAAAAAUUUUCCAGCUUCAGAUGUGUGAAUAUCUCAUCAAAGUCAAUGAAAUUAGGACCAAAAAGGGGUCUGACUUGUUGCAGUCACUAGCAGAAUAUUAUCAGGUUCAAGCUAAUUUCUUCAAAGAUGGCUUAAGGACGAUUCAACACUUUCAUGACUUUGUGGAAGAACUGUUAAAGCAGCUACAAAAAAUCAGACAGAGGCAUGACGCAGAGAAGAGGCAGCUAGUUGAUCUUAGGGAGGCUUUGAAAAGCUCAAUGACUGCCUAUAAAGAAACCAACCGUUUCUCAGGAUCUGGAUGGCCUCCGCCGGUAAACUCCUCCCCAGCCGGCUACAAUCUUCACCAGCCUACAGGGGACAAGUCCCUAGGGUGUGAAAAGAAAGGACACCUUUUGAAAAAGUCAGAGGGAAGAGUGCGCAAGAUGUGGCUCAAGCGGAAGUGCAUCAUUCGUGAUGGACAUUUGGAGAUUAGUCACCAUGAUGAGAACAAAGACCCGGUGAAACUGUGUUUACUUACUUGUCAGGUCAAGCUUGUUCCUGAUGACCCUGGCAAGAAAUGUUUUGAUGUUGUUUCCUCAUCAGAUAAUCGAACCUACCAUUUUCAAGCAGAAGACACCAAAGAGAUGGAAGAGUGGAUCUCCAUCCUGAACAAUGCUAAAGAAGGUAUCUUCAUGAACUUCCUCAAGAACAACACCAACUCCCCAAGUUUGAAUCAAAGUGUUAGGGAGCUCACCUCCAGUAUUAUGGAUCGCAUCCGGAGGUUGCCAGGCAACAAGGAGUGCUGUGACUGCGGUGCACCAGAUCCAGAAUGGUUAUCCGUCAAUCUAGGUGUCAUGGUCUGCUUGGAAUGUUGUGGCAUCCACAGAGAGAUGGGAGUCCAUAUAUCUCGCACGCAAAGCACUGUGAUAGAUGAACUAGGCACGUCCCAGCUGCUGUUGGCAAGAGUAAUAGGUAACGGCACAUUUAAUGAAAUUAUGGAAGCCACGCUAGAUCCAAAUGAUGUAUCACAUAGCAUUAAGCCACGACCAAAUAGUCACAUGAAUGACAGAAGAGAUUUUAUCAAAGCCAAGUACGAGCAACAUAAGUUUGCCAUUAUAACAUGCUCCGACAAGGAAGACCUGAAGCAGGACCUCAAGCAAGCCAUCCUCUACGCAGACCUGCCAGCUCUGUUACAGGUGUAUGCAGAGGGCCUGGAUCUCUCCACUCCGUUGCCUGAUAUGAAAAAUGGAGAGACAGCUCUUCACCUAGCCAUACAGGAAGACAAAGGGACAUCCCUUCCAUUUAUAGAUUUUCUUAUACAGAAUACUCCAAUAGGUAGUUUAGACAAAAAGACAAACUCAGGGGACACUGCGCUACAUCUGUGCUCUGACCUCAAUAGCACUGAGUGUAUGAAACUUUUGUUGCGCACCAGGCCAGACCUUGCGAAAAUUGAAAACAAUGCUGGUCAGACAGCCCUGGACGUGGCCAGGAUGAGAAACUUCCAGACUUGUGUCGAGCUGUUAACAGGAGCUAUGACGAACAAAAUUGAUCUCUUCUUGCACAUCAACAUUGACUGGGACCUGAAUGGGGAUGACCGAAACUAUGACAUGGAAUUCAGUGACGAUGAUUUGGAUAACACUUUUGAUAAACCCCCAAAGACUAGAUCUCGUCCUUCAAGUUUGAUAGUCAUCCCUGAGGCUUUAUCUCUAGCCAUGAAGGAGAAGGAAAAGAAUGAUGCAGCCUCUGCAGCCAAACCCAAAGCCACAAAAAGUUUAAACAGUAAGCUGCGACUGUCUCACAUCAACCAUGGGGGGAGUGCUGACUACUGCAACUCCUCGGUUGAUAGCGAUACUGCUUCCAUCAAGUCGGUUCCUUCUGGAGGCAAUGGAAGGACAAGUCCUGUAUUGACACACCCACACUCAUCUGCAGAAUCAGAAAAGAGGCAUUCAGGAAUAACCUUGCCUCCGCUACCACCUCGAAACAAGAGGCCGCCGCCUCCUCCGCCGCCCUCGGUGCAGGGGCACAACAGAAACAAGUCAGAGUCAGACAUUGCUCUGCUUUCCCAUAAGAGGACAAUAUCCGAACCUCCUCCGAGACCCACUCUGCCUCCAGACAUCAGUAAGUCUGUGGUAGCCAGUAUCAACGCAGGAUCCAAGCUGCCUGCUACCACUAGUGUGCCAGAGAAAAGUGAAAAUGUUCAAGCUCGACGAUACAGUACAAGUCGAGAUGAAAGAAGAGUUACAGACCCUGCGUUAAAUACGCAGCAGCCUAAACCUCAAUUUCAGGCCAAGCGUCGCUACAGGGCUCUGUAUGACUGUGAUGCAGAUAAUGAGGAUGAGUUGACCUUUAUGGAAGGGGAGAUCAUUGUUGCUAUAUCUGAAGAGGAAGAAGAGUGGUGGGAGGGAAUGGUGGAAGGCCAGCCACACAGGCGUGGAUUGUUCCCGUUGAGUUUUGUGACCACAGCAGAGGACUGACAAAUCGUGGUGUUUAGGUAUGACUUGUAGCGUAAGAAAGAGUGCUGAGACUAUACAUGGAUGACCUGUUACUUGGAGACUAGUCAAGUUAUAAAGGCAGGCACCCUUGUGCUAAUGCUCCCUAGCAUUUUGCUGUGAAUGCUGAAUUAGAUUAGGGGAAACAAUGAUAUUGUUUGAUCACAUGUGUACGAGAAGUUGCAACUUUGGUGUGUUUGUAUUGGUGUACAUGUUUGGCCAGAAUACUGCAUUUAUCUCCGAGCAAUAUCUAGUACCAAAUCAGCAAAUUAUCAAUGUUAGUCGAAAUUACUUUUUUUUCUGUUGUAUUCGUCAUUCACCAAAUUAUACAAAGCUUUGUGUCACUGCUUCUCUUUUUUUUUUGUGUUUUUUUUAGGAAAGUGUAUAGAUACAUUAAUUGUGUUUAAAUAGGUCUGUACCUAAACACCAAACACCUGUCAUUGCUGCACUGUUAUCAUUGCUUCUGUUGUGGACACAAUCCUUAUCACAUGGUGUACAUAUGUUGUUGUUUUUUUUAGAUAUAUAUAUAUAUGUAUUUUAUCAUUGUAUUUAUUGUUUCAUUUGUUGAGUCAUGCGGAAUGCAGGUCAAGGUAGAUUAAGGUCAGCCCUUGCACUUUAUUAAAAGAAAGCUGACCUAAUCAUUUGCAUUAUUCUAAUAUGUAGCUGGCAUUAGUGAUAAGCUAUGGACUGGUUCUGUCGUACCAGGUCAUGUUGUGGCUAGUCUUGGUUGCCUGCAUUUAGGGCUGUGAGUUCUUGGAACAGACAUGUCAGGUUUUUUUUUUACACACAAAAAUAACUUGGUUUAAAAAGGAAGGGAAUAAAUUGUGGAGUGUUCUUAGAUUAGUUUAGUGCAUGAUUUUGUUUCUUUUUAAAUUAUACUUUGGAUGACAUUAUAGAACAAAAAAGGAUAGAGUGAAUUGAAUUAGACUUAUUUUUUAUGGGAAGCGUGGUCGAGAGGCUAAGUACGCUUCAAUUUUAGCCUGGCUUGGCUACCUAUGAAGGGGGGGCUCGAGGCUCGACACCCGGCUCGUGCAGAGUUGUGUUUGUUGAGCGCCUAAAGGCAGCACGGAAAAACCUUCUCCCAGAUACCCCCUCCCCCCACAGGUCCACAAAUGAGAUUGGACCAAAGCGCUCUGAGCAUGCUUUAAGCCUUAAAGUAGCGCUAUAUAAAAACCAUGUUUAUUUAUAUGGAUAUAUAUAUACAACAUGCUUCUUAUUGGUUAUACAGUAAUCUGAAAUUCCCAUUCCUCUUGCUGUCUUGCAAGUGAUUUGCUGUAAGGAAUGUACUACUUCUUUUCCUAGAAAGAAUAUCUGUAACUUGAAUCAAAACAUUUGGCUUAGGAACUAUUUUAAUACUCAUCAAUAUUUUUAUUGUUCAAAGGAAAUGAGUGAAUCAAUUGUUUCUGUUGCCUUCCACCUUGCAUAGAGAAAUGUCACAAUGUUAUAUGUAACCAUUUUAUUUUUGUUUCUGUUAGAUACAGAAUCACUUGUUAUAGUUGAGCUCCUUCUUGUUAAUCAGACAAGUUAUUUAAAGGUCCUCUGAUGUAUCAUCAUUCAGUAUGAUGAAAUAAAAUAAUAAAAAUAUUUAUUCUAUAUUGGAUUUAUAUAACUAGUAAAUAGACAAUCUUUGAUCAUUUUCAUGAUAUCUACAUAGAAGACCAUAAUCUAGCUUUGAUCAUCAUAUAUCCUGCAUCAUUGGGUUCAAACACUACUAAUAUUUUAAUAGUAUCUUAUAUAGUCUCUUUUGCAUUUGUUUAGUUUUGUCAGAUGUAUUACCAUUGGCAUUAUCUCAAAAGAAUUGCGUGGAUCAUGUGUGUGUGUGUGUCCCACUGGAGGGUGUUUCCAUGUGUCAUGCAAACUGUAUGUCACUUGAUUGUAAUAGUCAGUAUUGUGACAGCCCCACAUUCCCAGCUGUUACCAGUGCAUUGUACAAAACAUUGUGUAAAUAGACAUCAGCUAAUCAUGUACAGAAUAAUACGUUAGUUUGAUAAUCACAGAUGUAUUGAACACAAUUUUCCAAGCAUUUGGUUUGUAUCUUGUUUUUUUUUUUUUUUUUUUUUUCUUUUUCACUAAAUAGGUGUCCCUUUUUUUUUUUUUUUUUUUUUUGAACAGCUUUGAUCAUAAGCAUGGAAGAAUCUGUGUUUGAAAUGUUUUAAUGGGUGCACUAGAUAAUAUACAUUCUAGAACUUUGAUUUGUUUUAAGACAAUUAAAAAUGCAAAUGCUUGAAAAGCUUUUUUUUUUCCCCUCUAAACCAAAAUGUCACAUUAUGAAGGAUUUUUUUGAAAUAAUGUUUACCUGUUGGCUUUUUAUUAAAACGUGCUAAAUAGUCAGCUCAUUUAUAUGUCUUGUCAAGAAGCUAAAUCCUCCAAUUCAAAGGGCAUUCCUUAAAAAAAUUCAUUUGAAGUCAAUGUAUCUUGCUGAAUGAACAGCUCUUCCUUAAUUGAUACUCGGAUUUGAUUCAGGAACUUUGCUAGUGGUAUGUAUUGCUUCAUUGAAAUACUUUCUUGGUUUAUACUUAGAUUUUAUUGAAACACUUCCUUGGUUUAUCCUUAGAUUUCAUUGCUUCAAGAGCAAUGCUUUUGUUUCCUUCAACAAAUCAACCAAGACACUUUUUUGUUUUCUUUAAAAUCAACGCAUACGUACGUUUAAGUUUUUGUUUUAUGCAGGCCAGAUUUUUUUGUUUAGCUUCAAACUGCUCAAGAAUUUAUUGACAUCAACAUUGUUAUACUUUUAUUAAAAGAAUUCUAAUGCUUGAUUUUUUAUUUUUUUUAAAUCUAUGUUCAAAAAAAAAAAAAGUUCUUUGCCAGUAAUGAACACUUAUACCUUGUCAUCUUCAUCCAAUGUUUUUUUUUUGUCGUCAUUUCUAGGUUUUAUUUUUGUUCCCCCCCCCCCCACCACAAUUUGUUGUUACAACAGAAAAUAAUUAUAAUAUACAAAUAUAUAUAUAUAUAUACAUGUAUAAUUUUUCUUCUGCUUUGUUUACAUUUAUUUUUGUAUUCCAUAGUUCUGCAAAUAUUUUAAUGUUCAUUUUUUAUUCUGGCUUUGCCAUGGCAUGAAUGUUCUAAAGGUAUUUUCCUGUAUUCUAUUUUUUUAAUUUUUUUUUAUUUCAAAACCACAACACUCACUAGGAGAUUCUGUCGUUGUUGUUUUUUUGUUCUGUUUUGCAAGUAAAUCUAUAUCAUUGAAUAUGACUGAAUACCCUGUCCAGUAUUUUCCUUUUGUGCAAUAGAUAUUUCUCAUCAUGUUUUUUUUUAAAAAUCCACAUGGCUUGUGCAAAAAGGUAACAUGAAUGACCUCACUAUGUAUAGACUUUUUUUUUGUGGUUUCUGAAACGGGAAAAAGAAAUGUAGAUCAAACGCUUGAGAAUUGUUGAAAUCUCGUUUCUUCCUCACUCUGUUCAGCAAUAAAUUUCUACUUUUCUGUGGCAGUCACCUCCUUGGUGUUUUGUAAUAGGGGAAGUGGAAGAACCGUUUAGGACUCAGUUGCUGGCGUCAGCUCUUCAGUUGUCCCUGUUCCCAUCUUUGCACUGGCGGCGACAAUUCAAUUCUUCGUUUCUGCUAAUUAAUGCAUUUUCACCUGGUCAUUGAGCUGGCCUUAGUACAUUUUGAAUGUGCCUUUAAGACUUCAUGAUGCCAUAAGGACACAAAGAUUAAGAGCAAACACGUCGUGAACACGAUAGGAUACUUAGAUUUGAAAUAAAAUGUCUCUCACGUAUGAAACAAAGAUAUAGUUUCUUCUAAAACUCAAUCUUACAUAUCUAAAGGUUCUAAAUCAUCAGAAUGCCUGUGUUACAUUGACAUAAUAACUUGCUUUAUCUAUAACAAACUAUGCCACAAUCAGGUAAAUAAAAAUCCUUAGCAUAUAGACUGUAAAAAAUGUCAUCAACUGCCACAGUGUUGUAAGGAUUUUUUAAAACUCGGAAGUUAAAAUAUUCAUAAACAAGUAAACCACAAUUUUAUUGAACAAAAAUAUACAAAAGAACAUUGUUUUUUUUUUUUUCUCACCUUUCCUGAAAUAAACUUAUAAUUAUCAUAAUCUAUUUGAUAGCACUCUGUUGAUGUAGUGCUAUAUUACUGUCAAACCUGAAAACAAUUUUGUUGAUUUCUUAUUGGAGAACAAAUGUUUGAGUUGAUCAUUUUUGUUACAUUUCCAAAUUGUGGGCCCCCAACCCCCCUUUUUUUUUUGGCCUCAGCUCCAAACCACUCCACUAUUUCCCAUGAUUCAAUUCCAUAUCGGCUGAAAGAUCAACUUGCCUUUCGAGUCAUUGCUGUUAAAUUUGUUUAACAUGUUUUUUUGUUGUAAAAAAAAUAAAGAAGAAUGUAUGUUUUAUUCAUUCAUACAAGUCCCAUUUGCUCAAACUGUAUAUCUUGCUUGCUAAUUGUAUUAGGGAGAGCUAACUUUGAUCAUGUAAACUAUAAUAGUACAAGUUGCUUUAUACUGACCUUAACUUUACUUAUUGAAAUUGGUCAAGCACAGAUACGCAGUGCUUAAUUGUUCAUGUUCCAUAUAAAUAAAUGUUAUUUUUGUUCAUUUUUAUUUUGGUUUCAACUUUUUGUUUUUCUGGUGCUCAUUUUCUGAUUUACAUUCGAAUGUCACAUUUUUCAUGCUGCAGUUGAAAUUUAAAACGAAAAAAUGUUUGGUUUGUAUUUGUAUGUAAGAAGUAACCAAUUUUGUAAUUUUUUUCAUCUUGACUAUUAAUUGUAUAGUUAAUUGUUUUCUUGCUUCUAUUACCCAUUGAGAGUUAUCUGCCCAAAGUUUCUGGGACACAAAUCUAUUGUUCCCAGUCUGUAUCAAUGAUGUACCUGAGCCACUGUAUCUUUUGUAAUACAAUACUUACAAGACCAAAGAACUAUCACUAAGAAACUCACAGAUUGAAAUAACUGGUAAUAUUUAUUCAAUAUGCUUAGUCAAAUUUGUGACAAUCUGAAAAGUUUAUAAUAUCCAAAAAAAUAGUUUGUGUGCUAAACAUUAUGGAUGAGUCCAUUCCAGAAGUGAUGUUUUAAUUUACUAAGAUUUUUUUGAUUGAGUUUAUUCAGAUUGUUAGCUAGAAGUAUGUUCACCAUGUUAGCAUUUGCACUGUGUUAUUGUUAUAACUAAUACUAUUUUAUACAGAUUUCUUCUUCAUUGCAUUCACCACUUGCGGUAUAUUUAGUUUAGUUGAUGGCAUAUCUGUUUAACUAUGUUGAAUGUUCAUUCCAGUUUUUUUUUUGUUUUUUUUCGCUGUUUUCCCUCUAGGAUGUGUUGAUAAUGUACAUACACACACACACAUUUUAGUUUCACUCAUCAGCAGUCUUUGUUUUUUUUUUUUUUUGUUUCUGAGAUUUCCCUGUUUAAUUCAUUCCCUCGCCAAAAUGUCAAAUUUUUUUUUUUGGCACUGAUAAUAGUCGAGGAUUAAUUUUCUUUUGUGUGUGUUAAUGUGGUGUAGCGCUGUGAAUGUUAUAAUUACACUGUUGUUUUUGUUUUGUUUUUUGUGAGUUUUUGUUUUAAUUUGUUUAUUUUACUCUGAUGUAUCUAGCUAUUGAAAGUUUAACUUUGCUUAUAAAAGUUAUAGUAGCUUCAUUCAAAACAAUUAGAAAAGUCUAAUAGCAAAUGCAUAAAAAAAAGCAAUAUUGCCGUUGGGCACAUCGCUGAACAUUUAACCAGCCGAGUAGUAAAUAUUAAAAGUUACAUGCCCCACAAAUUUUAUUUUGAGCCUGAGUUAAUUUCACGUUGGCAAACAGUUUUCUUCCAGCUUAAUUCCCCCUUAUGAUAUCAGGAUAUCAAUGAAAUUGUCUUACCUUAGUGUUUUACUUAUAGGCCUGCAUGACUCUAUCUAUAUGGCAGGGUGUUAAUAUGUAGUGAAAUUAUCUCAAUGGACUGUAAGGAUCUAGCAGUGCUGUAGUCUUACCCUGUAUGGACACUGAUUAAUCUGUACGGUACACAUGAUCAUAGACUGUGUGUGUACAAGACAAUGUGAUCCAAUCAGUAACUUGCACCUUUCACUCGUCAUGUCAAAAUGUAAGCUUUUUAAUUUUUUCUUGACUGAGUCUCUUUUUUUUUUAUUGUGCAUUUUUUUUUUUAAUGCCGUAAGAUGAGCUUCUUAAAUAGUACCAUUUGUCAAUGUUGUUAAAAUCAACUUUUUUCAAAAAAACUUGAGGAUAAUUUUUUUCUUUAAUAUCAAACCAUUUUAAAAAUCUUGAUUCCUAGUUUUGUACAUUGAACAGGUCAUAUUAGAAACUUAAUGUAAUAGUGUAGUCCCAAUUAAGACGGGCAGUUGUUAUUUAGUUUUUAUGAAAUUAUUUUAAAGGAUAACCUCUUUAUUCUGUGAGGUAAAAAAUGUGUUGUUGUUUUUUCCACUUGUUUGUUAGUGUUCUUCCCAACCUAUAUAUGCUAGAUAACUGAAAUGUAAAUCCCCUGGAAUUCAGAGAGACUGUUUUUCAUUUCUCUGGGUUAAAGUGUGGACCAAUGGCUAAGUGUUUAGACAGAUGUGCCUAGCUAGUGCAGAGCCCCCAUCCUUGGAGGCAAGUUUUCAGUCUAGUCUCUACAAUAUAUAUCUUUCGACACUGUCAAUGUCAGGAAAUAAAGGUUUAAUAUUUGUUGAUUGGACAGGCUUAGAGGAUCUAUAAUGGCGCCCACGUCUUUUUCACAGAUUGGUGCGAGCCAUUCUUCCGCUGGGUCGUUCUACCGACCGGCAGUGAGAAAUAAGAUUUCUUGGCUAUUUCAGUUUGUGUCUCUCCCUCCCCCCUCCCUUUUGUUUUCCAUUUUAACCUCUCCUCCAAGAACUAGUAUUUUGUUGUUUAGCAAAUGGUGUUUUGUUCAUCAAACGGUGUGUUGUUCAUCAAAUGGUGUGUUUUCCAUCAAACAAUGUGUUGUCCAUCAAACGGUGUGUUGCUCAUCAAACUGUGUGUUGUUCAUCAAACUGUGUUGUUCAUCAAACAAUGUGUUGUCCAUCAAACGGUGUGUUGUCCAUCAAACGGUGUGUGAUUCAUCAAACGGUGUGUUGCUCAUCAAACGGUGUGUUCUUGUACUGUCCAUCCUCUCUCAUCCUAUGUAUGCCACACACACAACAAACUAAAUGCAUACAAGCUUGAGAAGUCAUUGUCAUAUAAAACAAACACAAACUAAUAAAGAUAUUUGCAUAUGAUCUUGUAUUCUCAA